AUCGCUUUAGCCAAUAACUUGGAUAUUUGUGCGGAAUCCACAGAAAAACUAAAGCAGCACAUUCGUUUGACGAUGGAAACGGAUGUUUUGCCGGUUAAUGCUGGUGCGGCAAAUUCUUCGGUGGAGGGUGUAAGCGGAGGCACUGUAUCGCUUUCCUCCAGGAGUAUGUCCAUAAUGGGUGUGUCACGUCAGUCAUUACUUGAUAAAAUCGAUCAGUUGAAGAAGCGUUGGAACAUCGGAAUGCAAUCGGCCAUCGGUGCACUGCUUGAUGAAGUAAGCGAAGAUAUUGCGCCGCAUCUUGCUGAAAUAAUGACAAAAAGAUGGUAUGUUUUGUGA